AUGGCAUCUAGACUGGAUCGGUUGGUGACAAUCCUCGAAACGGGGAGCACCAGGCUUAUACGAGAAACCGCCGUCAACCAACUCGCCGACUGGCAAAAGCAACAUCCCGAUGAGCUUUUCAAUCUAUUAUCCCGCGUGGUCCCCUACCUCCGUCACAAGGACUGGGAAACUCGCAGCACGGCAGCCAAGGCCAUCGGCAAGAUCUGUGAAAACGCGCCUCUGUACGACCCAAACGAAGAUGAUGAUCCAUCGGAGCCAAAGAAGGAAGAGAAUGCCGCCGAAAAUGGCCAUGUCAAGAAAGAACAGACCGACAUGGAAAAUUCCUUAAUUGGGCAUGACCUACUCAAGUUCGAAUCCCUUGAUGUCAACUCUAUUUUGACUUAUGGUAGAGAGCUGCUCCGAGGAGGUGGCAUCGAAUAUAGCUUGGCCUCAUUAGAUCCUCAAGCGAGACUAGAGCACCAAAAGAAAACUCUAUUGGGUCGUCUUGGCUUGUUGGGACGCAAAUUUGAAGACGAGGAGAUGCCCGUUGUCGCACAAAGCCAGGCCCUGCCCAUGACUCCCAUAGAUGGUAGCAACGGCAACGGACUAGCCCGAAGUGACAGCAUGUCUCAGAGUCAAGGCGGAGAAGAUUCGCAACUUAGCUCAAGGCAACUCAACGUGUUGAAGCGAAAACGAAAGAGAGAAGCUAUGAAAGCCUCUCAAGGCAAAGGUGGAUUCGGUGACCUUUCUCUGCGACGUUCAACGACGGCGGGAUCCGAGAGUUUAACUGGAGACGAGAUGCCUGUGGCUGAAGGAGAGUCCAAAAAGAAUGGCAAGAUGAACGAUUACUUCAACCUGGACCGGCCGACUGAUGUUGACGAAGACACCAAGGUUGUUAGUGAGUUCAAAGGCCCCGUGAUCCCCAUCAAAUCAGAACUGGAGGUAGAGGAUGCACUGGAAGGUGCUGAGUGGCCGUAUGAACGAUUAUGCGACUUUCUCAAGAUCGACCUCUUUGAUUCUUCGUGGGAGACACGCCAUGGGGCUGCAAUGGGCCUGAGAGAAGUUAUCAGGGUCCAUGGUGGGGGUGCCGGACGCAUUCGCGGAAAGGGCAGGGGUGAUAACGAGUCACUCAACAAGAGGUGGCUGGACGACCUUGCAUGCCGACUUUGCUGUGUCUUGAUGCUGGAUCGCUUCACCGACUACAGUUCGGACACCUCUGUGGCCCCUAUCAGGGAGACUAUUGGGCAGACUCUUGGUUCCGCCUUGAAGCAUAUCCCCUCCAAGUCGGUUUACGACAUCUACCGUGUCCUGUAUCGCAUGGUGAUGCAGGAAGACCUUGAAUUAGAGCGCCCUGUCUGGGCUGUGUGCCACGGUGGUAUGGUUGGUCUUCGAUAUGUUGUUGCCGUGAGAAAAGAUCUCCUUUUGCAGGAUGGCGAUAUGAUUGAUGGUAUCAUACGGGCGGUCAUGAAGGGGUUGGGGGAUAUGGAUGAUGAUGUUAGGUCUGUCAGCGCCGCCACGCUCAUUCCCAUGGCAAGAGAAUUUGUCGCCAUGCGCCCAGAUCAACUGGAUGGUCUGACGAGUAUUGUUUGGGAGAGUCUGUCAAACCUAGGUGACGACCUCAGCGCCAGUACUGGGCGCAUUAUGGACCUUCUCGCAACAUUGUGCGGCUUCCCAGAAGUCCUCGACGCUAUGAAGGCAUCAGCAGCACAGGAUGAAGAGCGGUCUUUCACCCUUUUAGUCCCUCGUCUGUAUCCAUUCCUCCGUCACACCAUCACGUCUGUGCGGCUCGCUGUAUUGAAGGCUUUGCUCACAUUUGCUCACCUUGGCGAUGAUACUUCGCACGGUUGGCUCAAUGGUCGAACUCUUAGGCUGAUUUUCCAAAACAUCCUCGUUGAGAGAGACCAAGAAACGCUCAACAUGUCACUGGAGCUAUGGAAUGCCUCAUUGGGCAACCUGGCGAAAAACCCAGCAGUUCUUGCGGAUGAGUUUGCACCUCAUAUUGAUUCCCUCAUGGAGCUUACCUUGCAUCCAAUCGGCAUCUCGCGAAACCCCAUUCCGAUGAACGCGACGCUAUUCCAAAAACCCUCCGGUGGAACAUAUUCGGCACAAGGCAUGGCGCCGCCCGCUGGCCGACGACUGUCGUCUCCGGAUGGUGCGGAUAGAGCACCAAAACGACGACGCAAGUCUACUAAGACGGAAGAGCCGGUUUCAACCGGAAUGACUCACGAUGUUGAUGGCCACAUGAUGCAAGGUGAUGUUGACUUGGUUGGCAUGGAUGUACUCAUCCGAUCUCGUGUAUCAGCGGCUAUCGCCAUGGGCAAGAUCAUGUCUCUGGUCCCGCCAUCAAAUCUCGACGACUUUGAUGCCCUACUGGUGCCUGGAUUGACAUCUGCCUUUUCCUCGACGCAGCUCAGUGCCUGCCUAGUCAUUGACGAAUUCGCCAAGAACUGUACAAGCCCGAAUGAACCAUCACGAUAUACGGAACAGCUUCAACGCAUGGUAGAACUGGACAGGCCAUCCUCAUAUAGAGACCUCGUCAGUUUCGUGCAGCGGGCUAGGACGCAGUGCCAGCAGCUCAUUCACCUGUUCCGCGACCAUGGCAAAGUCUCACAUGGCAAGCUUCCAGUACUUCCGGUCGUUGUGCAAGGCGAGCCAGAAGCAGGACCGAAUGCCUUCUCAAUCGCUACGGCAGAAAAGUGCGUCGGAGACGAUUUCGAGAGGCUAAAGAAGAUAAUGCCACCUGGACAGCGCUUGAUUGCUAGCCAGCAGCUGACAGAGGCUAGAAGUAUCGCCGUGGCCGCUAUCGAGGAAGCCAAGGCGUUUAAGGACGCCCGAGAUACUAGAAUCAAAGCUGGUGCAGCUUGUGCCAUGGUUGCGAUGAGACUGCUGCCGAAGAAACCAAGCCCCCUGAUUAAAGGCGUUAUGGACUCCGUCAAAACAGAGGAGAACCAACUUCUUCAGAAUAGAUCUUCCGCAACCAUUGCCAGACUUGUCCAGCUUUUCGCCGAGAAGGGCCGGAAAGGGCCUGCUGAUAAAGUCGUUGCUAAUCUUGUCAAGUUCUCGUGUGUUGAAGUUGCGGAGACCCCAGAAUUCCCGGUUCAUGCCACCAAAACAUCCUGUAUCCUCUCCAUGCAAAAGGAAGAAGACAGGGUUGAUCAUCCGGAUGCAGCGAAGUGGGCAAAGGAGGCCAAAGCCGCCAGAAUCACCAGGCGUGGCGCAAAGGAAGCCCUUGAGAUACUUUCAAAGGCUUACGGUCCCACAUUGUUGGAAACAGUUCCCAGCCUUCGAAAAUUUAUGGAAGAACCUCUGGUCAGGGCCUUCACAGGCGACCUCCCUGCCGAAGCAAGGGACCCUGAGAGCGUUUUUGGCCAAGAGAUUGUCGAUGCCAUGUCCGUCAUCAGGACAAUGACACCAACACUCGACGUUGCCUUGCAUCCAUUUGUUAUGAAAAUGUUACCGCUUGUCAUCAAGGCGCUCCACUCGGAGCUCUCAGUGUUCCGAUACAUGGCAGCCAAGUGUCUCGCUACGAUUUGUAGCGUCAUUACGGUUGAGGGCAUGACUGCUCUUGUUGAGAAUGUCCUCCCAUCAAUUAGCAACCCCUUGGACCUGAACUUCCGCCAGGGCGUCACUGAGGCCAUCUACCACUUGAUCGCGGUCAUGGGUGAUGCAAUCUUGCCAUAUGUCAUCUUCCUCAUUGUGCCGGUUCUCGGCAGAAUGAGCGACUCUGACAAUGAGAUUCGACUUAUUGCAACUACAUCGUUUGCUACGCUGGUGAAACUUGUUCCGCUGGAAGCAGGAAUCCCUGAUCCGCCCGGCCUGUCUGAAGAACUUCUCAAAGGCCGAGAUCGAGAAAGGACAUUUAUUGCCCAGCUGUUAGACCCUAAAAAGGUCGAACAAUUCAAGAUACCUGUUGCUAUCAAAGCUGAACUGCGCUCAUAUCAGCAAGAAGGUGUAAACUGGCUUCACUUCCUCAACAAGUAUCACCUCCAUGGCAUUCUCUGUGACGACAUGGGCUUAGGCAAGACCCUCCAGACAAUUUGCAUUGUGGCCAGCGAUCACCACCAACGACAAGAGGAAUUUGCCAAGACAGGCGCUGCUGAUGUGAGGCGACUACCAUCCCUCAUUGUUUGCCCUCCCACUCUUUCUGGACAUUGGCAGCAAGAAAUUAGGACAUAUGCACCGUUCCUUACAGUCACAGCUUACGUGGGACCGCCGGCUGAGCGAAAAGCAAUGAGAGAUAAACUUGGGGAGACUGAUAUUGUAGUGACAUCGUAUGAUGUAUGCAGGAACGACACAGACAUUCUGGACAAACAUAGCUGGAAUUAUGUUGUUCUUGACGAGGGCCACUUGAUCAAGAAUCCCAAGGCGAAGAUCACUCAGGCUGUGAAGAGGCUUGCGAGCAACCACCGCCUCAUCCUGACUGGCACGCCGAUCCAGAACAACGUAUUGGAGCUCUGGUCACUGUUCGACUUCCUCAUGCCAGGCUUCCUUGGCGCUGAAAAGGUGUUCCUAGACCGUUUCGCCAAGCCGAUCGCCGCCAGUCGUUUCAGUAAAGCAUCAUCAAAGGAGCAAGAAGCAGGAGCGCUGGCAAUUGAGGCGCUCCAUAAGCAAGUGUUGCCAUUCUUAUUACGACGGUUGAAAGAGGAAGUGUUGAACGACCUGCCGCCAAAGAUUCUGCAAAACUAUUAUUGCGACCUCAGCGACCUGCAAAAGAAAUUGUUUGAAGACUUUACCAAGAAGCAAGGCAAGAAGCUGCAGUCGGAGGCUGGUCGUGAUGACAAGGAAGCAAAACAGCACAUUUUCCAAGCCCUGCAGUAUAUGCGGAAACUGUGCAACUCACCGGCCAUGGUUAUGAAACCAGGCACUCCUGUUUACGACGACACACAGAAGAUCCUACAAAGGCAAGGAACGUCAAUCGAGGACACAAUUCAUGCCCCCAAACUUACAGCGUUGAAAGACCUCCUGGUUGACUGUGGAAUUGGUGGCGAUGAUGGAGAUACCAACGAUCCGUUGUAUCAACCAAUCAAGCCACACCGAGCGCUUAUCUUUUGUCAAAUGAAGGAAAUGCUCGACAUGGUUGAGAAGAAGGUUCUGAAAGAGCUUUUACCUUCGGUUUCUCAUCUUCGACUGGAUGGAUCUGUCGAAGCAAACAAGAGACAGGAUAUUGUCAACAAAUUUAACAGCGAUCCAUCCUAUGAUGUCCUGCUUUUGACGACUAGUGUCGGUGGCCUUGGGCUCAAUCUGACUGGUGCCGAUACCGUCAUUUUCGUCGAACACGACUGGAAUCCGCAGAAGGACUUGCAAGCCAUGGACCGUGCGCACAGAAUUGGACAAAAGAAGGUGGUCAAUGUAUACCGCCUCAUUACGCGUGGUACCUUGGAAGAAAAAAUCUUGAGCCUUCAACGAUUCAAGAUUGAUGUAGCAUCGACAGUUGUCAAUCAACAAAACGCAGGGCUGUCGACGAUGGAUACGGACCAGAUUCUUGAUCUAUUCAAUCUGGGCGACUCUGGGCCCAACUUGAUAUCUGAUAAGCCGCAAAAGGAAGUGGACGGACGGGAAGAGGAUAUGGUAGAUAUUGAGACUGGUGAUGUUCUACGUCAGCCAGGCAAGAAGGCCUGGCUGGAUGAUCUGGGUGAGCUGUGGGACAACAAGCAGUACGAGGAAAGCUUUGACCUGGACGACUUCAUGAAGACGAUGUCAUGA